GUGGAUGUCAGACUCUUUAGAGCCGAGGAGGAGAAAAUACAAAUAAAAGAUGCGGCCACUGGUUGGAAUAUCCUUCAGCAUCUUUAACCGUACCUUUUAAUAUUGUCUUUUCCUUUUAACUUUAAUAUAUUUUUUCGGUUUUAAAAAGCAUCUUCUUCUCCCUCCCUCCUUCCUCAUCCAUCAUCAUAUCCUUCACCAUUCUCCUUUCUCUUUUUCACUUCGCAUCUCAACCAUCCAUUCUCAUUCUCUCUAUUUCUCCGCACAAUAAUAUACAGAGAGAUACAUAUAUAUUGUGUACAUUCAAUCAAAUAAUCAUGAAUUCUCGUAGAUCUUUAAUGUCCGUUACGGCAACAACUCUGUGUUUUCUAUUGUAUAUCUGCACCACCACGAACGGUGAGCUUAAAAGAUUUAUCGAACCGGCGAAAAGUGACGGUUCCGUUAGUUUUAUCACAAUCGGAGAUUGGGGUCGCCGUGGUGACUUCAAUCAGUCUAACGUCGCUUAUCAGAUGGGAAGGGUAGGAGAAAAGAUAGGUUUAGAUUUCGUAGUGUCCACGGGAGAUAACUUCUACGACAACGGAUUGUUUAGUGAAUACGAUCCAAACUUCAAAGAGUCUUUCUCUGAUAUCUACACUGCUCCAAGUCUCCAGAAACAGUGGUACAGUGUUUUGGGUAACCAUGACUAUAGAGGUGAUUCAGAAGCUCAGCUAAGCUCUGUUCUCAGGGAAAUCGACAGCCGUUGGAUCUGUCUCCGAUCAUUCAUAGUAGACGCAGAGUUAGUUGAGAUUUUCUUCGUUGACACAACUCCUUUCGUUAAAGAAUACUACACAGAAGAAGAUGGUCACACAUACGACUGGCGUGCGGUUCCAUCUCGCAACUCUUACGUCAAGUCUCUCCUCCGUGACUUCCAAGAUUCCUUAAAGAGAUCCAAAGCUACAUGGAAGAUUGUCGUUGGUCACCACGCGAUGAGAAGCAUUGGUCACCAUGGUGACACUAAAGAGCUGGUGGAAGAGCUUCUUCCUAUAAUGAAAGAGAACGGUGUUGAUCUUUAUAUGAACGGACACGACCAUUGUCUUCAACAUAUAAGUGACGAAGACAGUCCUAUUCAGUUUCUGACGAGUGGUGCUGGUUCCAAGGCUUGGAGAGGAGAUGUUGACCCAACGACCAACAAUCCCAAGUCUGUGAAACUUUAUUACGAUGGUCAAGGGUUCAUGUCUGCUAGAUUCACUCACACAGAUGCAGAGAUUGUCUUCUACGAUGUGUUUGGUAAGGUUUUGCACAAAUGGGUUACUUCUAAACAACUUCUUCUAUCCUCUGUUUGA